GCGUCAGGCGAGCUCGUCCUUCCACCGGCCAAAGUUUUGAAGGACGAGCCAGUUAUUCAGGAGGUGCACAUCGUCCACUUCAACGAUGUCUACAACCUCCAGCCGCAACACCAGGAGGAGCCAGUGGGCGGAGCCGCCCGUUUCAUGACCAUCCUCCGAGAGUUGAAGGCAGAGUUGGCGCCCCAGAAGGUGCUGGUCUGCAUGUCCGGGGACUUCGUGGGGCCUUCGCUGACUUCAUCUUUCAGCAAGGGCGCGCACAUCAUCGAUGCCAUGAAUGCAGUCGGGGUGGACUACGCGACUUUCGGGAAUCAUGAGUUUGACUACGGCUACCAAUCCCUCCUCAACCGACUUCAAGGUUACGAUGACGACGCGCAGGCAGGCGAGGGCCACGAGGAGGUCGACUACCCGAAAUCCACGGCCACCUGGCUCAUGACCAACAUGAGCGAGGGGAAAACCGGUGAUCCGGUGGGUGGUGCCGAGACGAAGCGUUACGACAUCGUGGAGGUCAACGGCGUGAAGGUCGGGCUGAUGGGCCUCUCCGAGGACUGGCUGGCCGGCUGCUCGCAGUUGCGGGACGGGGAAAUCGUGUACAAGGAUCACAUCGAGACGGGCCGCGAGUAUGCCCGGAAGAUGAGGCAGGAGGGGGCCCAGGUCGUGAUUGCCCUCACGCACAACCGCUUCGAGAACGACAAAGUGCUCACCGCGGCCGUCCCUGAGAUCGACCUCCUCCUUGGUGGCCACGACCACUUCUACAAACGUGCGGAUAAGAAGCACCGCGUGGUCAAGUCCGGUGAGGAGUGGCGUUGGCUGACACACACCACCCUGCACAUGAUGGGGGAUACACUGAAGAAGCUGUCCGUCGAGCGCUACGACGUGGACUCGGACGUGGAGUGCGAUCCUGUUCUGCAGGAGCUGGUGGACAAGUACGCGCGGAUUCGGGACAACAAGUUCAAGCAGGUGAUCUGCCAGAUCAAGAGCCCCUUCGAUGCCACCGAGGAGUGCUGCAGAUAUCAGGAGGGUGUGAUGACGAACUGGAUUUGUGACGCCGUGGCGGAAGACUACUCUGUGAAAGAUGGCCUUCAAUCGGCAGAUUUUACCAUGAUCAUGGGCCUCCACUUUGCUGGCAAGAAGGUCUUCUCGGCGGGGGAUUUUACAUUGGGUUCGCUGAUGGCCGUCUUCCCGAAGCCCUGCCAGGUGGUGGUUCUGAAGCUCAAGGGCUCCGAUGUCAUCAAGUCCCUGGAGCGCGGCUGCUCCUUUCUCCCUAAGGAGUGUGGCCCUCUUCACCACACCAGCGAAGCUCUGACCUACAAGAUCAAGAUGGGCAAGGGCAAGCAGGCUAACCAGGUGACCGAUGUGAAAGUCAAGGGCAAGCCGAUCGAGCCCGGCAAGUUUUACGAGGUGGCCGUGACGGAGACGAUGGCCCAGGGGAAGUUCGGAUACCCCUGGAUGGCGGAGGCUGAGCGAAUCGUGGACGAAGAGUCGGGGAUGCAGAUCCAGGAUCUGGUGCUCAUGUAUCUGAAGCGGCACCCAAAGCAGGCAGCCCAGGCACAGCUAGGAAGGAUCAAGAUUCUCUCUUGA